GACUUUAGACAAAAAAAAAGAAGCCACUCACUUAUGACAGCGAAAGGUGUUCCAUUCCCCGUUACGUUGUUGCAAAUGUGCAACAACUUGAAAGAAAUUAGGCAGUUACAUAAUCAUUUAGUGGUGUCGGGAUUGAUUGUCCGUCGGGUUAAUUCAGGUAGGUUGAUUGCGUCGUAUGUUUCCUGUGGUGAAAUCGUAGAAGCUUUGUCAGUGUUCCACACUAUUCGUUCUCCUGAUGUAUAUUCCUACAACACCAUUAUCAGAGGCUUAACGUUGGCUAAGUGUCCACACGAUUCCCUUUUACGUUACCAUGAACUCUUAGAGAGAAACCUAACACCAGACAAUCACACUUACACUUAUGUUCUGAAAGCAUGUUCCCACCUAAAAGCACUUUCGGAAGGGAAACAAUUGCAUGCCCAGGUUAUCAAGGCUGGAAAGAAACCUGACACCUAUAUCCACAGUUCAUUGAUAAACAUGUAUGCAAAUUCAGGUGAGAUGGAUUCUGCAGAAUGUGUUCUUGCAGAGUUUUCAGAAGAGAAUGUGGAUGCAAAGAACUGCAUAAUUAGUGGUUAUAUGAGCCAGGGCCAAGUUAAGAUUGCUGUCCAAAUAUUUGAUAACAUGUGCAUGAGAGAUUCCGCCUCUUGGAGUGCGAUGAUAACAGGGUACACCAGAAAUGGUAUGCAUACAGAGGCUUUAGGUAUCUUUCAAGAAAUGUUGGCUUCUAAGAUUCUGUUAAAUGAGUCAACCCUUGUGAGUGCUCUUUCAGCGUGUGCCCAUUCAGGAGCACUGGAUCAGGGUAGAUGGAUACAUGUUUAUAUCAACAAGAUGUGGGAUGAAGUUAGUGUUAAUCUCGGCACAUCUAUCGUUGACAUGUAUGUUAGAUGUGGGUGUAUCGAGUUUGGUUAUGAAGUUUUCAAAAGUAUGCCCGACAAAGACGUCGUGACCUGGGGUGUGAUCAUUUCUGGUUUCGCGACACAUGGGCUAGCCAAAAAAUGCUUUCAACUUCUUGAUGAAAUGGUUGCUCAUGGAACACAACCAAAUGAAGUCAUUUUUGUAGCUAUACUCACCGCAUGCUCCCACGCAGGGUUAGUAAACAUGGGUUGGUUUUAUUUCCAUCAAAUGACCACUUUAUACAACAUCAGACCAUCAGUCCAUCAUUAUGGCUGCAUGGUUGAUCUUCUUGGUCGUGCGGGAAGGUUAGCCGAGGCAAAAGAACUCAUCUUAGCAAUGGUGGAAGAACCAAAUACUAUUAUAUGGGGUGCAUUACUCGCAGCUUGUAGAAUCCACCAAGACUUUAGGCUAGCGGACUAUGCUUUCAAGCAGCUAGUUAAGUUAGAACCACUUUCAAGUGAACGGUUUAAACUAGCGAAUCACUUGCUGGUAGAUACUGGGGAACAUGAAAGUAUACAUAAAUUUAGAAAGGAUAUUAGUGACAAGAAUCUGGAGACGACUCAAGGAUUAAGCUUGAUUGAGGUCGAGGGGGAGGUUCAUAAAUUUGUCGUAAAUGACAUCAAUCAUAGAAUGUAUCCAGAAGUAUAUAAUGUGUUCCAAGGAUGAUUCAACCAUCUAAAGCUUAGAGAAAGGAUGCAAGAUGGGUAUGCUCGGUAGUGUGUUUGGGUUUAAGUACGAGUCAUUUUACUUUGUUUAUUAUGAUUACAAAUAUACACUAGGUAUGAUAAUAACAAUCAAGACAAUUUAAAAUAGAAUGCAUAAGAAAAUUUCACUAAACCCUUGUUAGACCCAUGUCAUGUUUCACCUUUAUCUUUUCUUUUGAUUUGACCCAUUUGAGGAUGAAGAAAAGCUGAAUUUGCCACC